CAUCAGACGCCCUACUACACGCCAACGCCACGCGCUCAUUUAUUCGGUCGCCUAGCAGGGCUCUCCCCCACUGGUGGCUACGCUUCACCCCCUUGCUUGCUUUCUUGCUGAGGAGACGAGGAGCAGGAGGCGAGCUCAAGUCGAUCGGCGUCUUGCCGGUCUCUCACCUUCAGCAGGAAAGGAUGGCUGCCUCGGGUAGCAAAGAAAUAGAGGAAAUAUUGGUUGAAGGACUGAUAAAUAUCCGAAAGAAGAAUGAGAUCUGGAACAACAAUCGAAAGAUUCUUGGAUCCUCAACGACCCAGGAACUGGUAGGUGGUGUUGUUAAAUCAUAUCGGUUCAAUUAUGCAGAGGGUCAAACUGUAGCUCAUGGCCAUAUGUAUACUGAGUUUGGUUCUGGCCUUAGAAAAGAAUAUGCGGCUUCGUUUCUUAUUCUGAAAGAUAAUGAAGCAAAUGAUGGUUUAACUGGAGAAAGGAUUGUGGAAGAAACACUGAAACUUUCUGGCAACCCUGAGAGCGUAGUUGAGGCAUACUUUAGUACCUACUGUAAAAAAAUUCGUAAAUGGAUUGUGGUCUAUGAGAGGUUUGAGGGCUAUCUCCUAGAAAAUACAAACAUGGUUCCGGCAUUCUUUGCAAGUGAAGCAAAAAGAGACUUGACAGACUUUUGGAGAAACAAAAUUAGGUCAUUGCUUGACGUCCUUGAUCAGGCACGAGUGAGACAUGUGGUACAUGGCAACCUUGCCAAUGGAGACAGCUACGUCAUUUCAUCAGGAACUGUUAAAUUGAUUAACAUAGCACGGUAUCGAAGGGCAAAUCAUGAUGAUACAAGUGACAUAGAAGGACUGGAUGGAUUUCUACGGACACAAGAUUUUUCCAAUGCCAGGAGCAGUGCUGAGUGGAUGGGUCUGUCGUUUCUUCUCAAUUCCGAAGCGAUGAGCGAACGUGACUGGAAGCGGGUUGUCAUGAUGCACCCAAUUCUGGUGGUUGCAGAGGAUAAACUAACAAGCUACGAAGAGGUUCAUACUUUUAUGUGGCGCCUCAAGAGUUUUGAGCGUGAGAGGUUUGCAAAUGCAUUGUACUGUAAAAUGCGUCAGCACAUAGGGUACACACUCUAUAGUUACCUCGACAUGACUCGUCCCGUCCACCUUGGUCUUUAUAAAUUUACUCAAUAUACUGGGAUCAUUUAUCUGGAGAUCAUUAAUUUUAUGAGCAACAUGAUAUCCCAUGCAAACGACUACGUCAUCAAUGGCUUUUGGGGGCCAGCACGCAUCGUUCAGGAGAUACAAGACACAUUUGGCGGUUAUAUGAGUAUGGCCUACGCGGUAUCGAAGACUAAGAGGUAUUGGAACCAAGAACUGUUCAAUGACGGGCAACAACUUCCAUAUCGUAUUUGAGGCAUUGAUGUGAUGGGAUCUCACAGAAGAACAAAAAAAGCAUUCAUGUGCUGGUAAUUGAUCAAGACGUACUAGCAAUGUCAGCCCACGGAGGGGUUCCCCAGACUAACACUGGUGUUUAACGUGCCUCAUCAGUACUGCUUAUCAAGUUAUCGUAGCGAACAUAUCUUAAUUUCCUUAUGGACCAGGCCAGCUUGUUUGGUCGUUUACUUGUCUUGGAUCGACGCUACCUCUAGUCCUUAAACCGGACUUAAUAUUAGCCUUGUACUCAUGUCGUACUGUAUUUUAUUGCUGUGUUUUAGUCUUUCCUUUAGUAUACAACUUUUGGUUCUUCAA